AUGCAUUGCAUCGUCUCGCUUCCUCGUUGCAUCCGCAGAGCCUUUGGUGGAGGAAGACGGGCCAAGCCGCCACCUGCUUCCGUUGCCGCCCAGAUCCCCGAAUUCAGGCACGCGAUGACACAACCGUGUCGCGCGCAACUCAACCUCAACCUCGAUCCUUCCUCCAUCCAUCCCGCUUCGCCCGCCAUGGUCCUCGUCCUCGUCAUUGGGGACCUCCACAUCCCGACACUGACCCACGACCUGCCCGCCAAGUUCAAGAAGCUCCUGGUUCCCGGAAAGAUCGGCCAGAUCCUCUGCACUGGCAAUGUCUGCGAUAAGGAGACUUAUGAUUACUUGCGAACGAUUGCGCCGGAGGUGCACAUCGUCCGAGGCGAGUUCGACGAGGUUGUGCCGGCCGGCGACGGGGAGAUGCUCGCCGCACUUGCGCGGCAGAUGGACGUCGAUGUGCUGGUCACGGGAGGGACACAUCGAUUCGAAGCAUUCGAGUUUGACGGCCGCUUCUUCGGGCCUGUCAUCGUGACCUAUGUCUACCAACUGGUCGACGGAGAGGUCGACAAGGUCGAGUACAGGAAGCCGGACCGAUCGCAGGAUGCGCAACAGUCGUCCGGAUGGUAA